AUGGCGUCCUCAGUCCGUCCACAGAGACUCAUCCAGCGACUCCCCGGACCAGCAACAUCCCAGCUAUCCGUGACAGGCCGGCGCUCGUUCCUCGCACGGACGCAACCCGCCUGCAUCCUAUGCCGCUUCUCCCAACCCACGCCCGCUCGCCUCCAAACACCCGCUCCUCCAGCACACACCCAGCGGUUCGCAUCUACAUCCGCCUCUGCAAAAGAAUCCCAAGACCCCGCCGCAACGCCCUCCACCCCAGACAUCACAAACUACUACACGAUCUUCCCGAAGACGCUACCCGGCGGCCCGCCGCCGGGCUCGCCGUUCGCCAUCUCCGUCGGCGACCUGCGCCGCGAGUUCCUCCAGCUGCAGGGCCUCACGCACCCGGACAAGUACCCGGCGGGGGCGGCGAAGCAGCGCGCCGAGGCGCUGUCGGCGCGCAUCAACGAGGCGUACCGCACGCUGUGCGACCCGCUGCUGCGCGCGCAGUACCUGCUGCGCGAGAUGCACGGCAUCGACGUCACGGCCGAGGACGGCGCGUCGAAGCAUGCGCUUGACGCGGAGACGCUGAUGGAGGUCAUGGAGGUGCAGGAGACGAUUGAGGAGGUGGGGGCCGAUCCCGGCGCGGCGGAUACGAUUGCCCAGCUGAAGAGGGAGAAUGACCGCCGUGUGGAGGAGUGUGUGCGGGCGCUGGGUGAGGCGUUUGAUCGCGGGGAUGUUGAGACGGCGCGGACGGAGUGUGUGAGGUUGAGGUUUUGGUAUAGUGUUGGCGAGGGGUUGAGGGAGUGGGAGCCGGGGCAUACGGAGAUUCGGUUGCUGCAUUAG